UCUAUGAGCAUCUCUAGCUCCUCUCAACCAUUUGCUGCAGUUGCACAAAUAAUACAUGAGGCAAGAUUUUAGUCUCAUAUUUUUAACAUUGCAAGUUGACAACCCACAUUACGCUUUCGAAAAAGUCCCAAAGUCAGAAUUUUACAAGUCGUGCAAGAAGAAGAACCAUACACUUUUUUCCAACAUCAUCAAUAAGUGUCUCGAGAUUUUACAGAGAUUGACAUCUUCAACUGAGGGAAGGGAAGACUUUUCCAUAUUUAGAAGACAGCAAACUCGUCAUACAUACGUUCAACUUUCAGAGUUCCAGAACUCCAGCAAGAGUGCAUUCUCUUAGCUGCUUAAACUCUCCUCACUCCAGGAUAUACGUGCAGACAGAUCUGGUAACAAGGGUCUUUGUUCAAGCAGGAAGGGUAUUUCAUGCUCAAAAAAUAAGAAAGGAUACAAGAGGAACUUUGAAUUCAAUAUUUUAUCGCGUCUCUAGUCACGUUUUAAAGAACCUAUAAGAAACUAGGGAGAAAAAGAAGAAGAAUAUGCUAUCCUACACUCAUCAUCACACAUCUUUGUUGGUUCUUGUACUCACAUUUGGAAGAGAAUAAUAUUAAUAUUAAGCAAAUUGUGCAUUCUUCUUAAUGGGAAAUGCACCACGGACUGCACACCUUUUCAAGAUACACCAGCCCAUAUAAAAAAUAAGUUAUUACCUCCAAUCUGCAUUCGCGAUAAGUUUACAGACCGUAGUACAUACACAGUACUAAAGUUUAUAUAACUACCUAAUACUUGUCCAGCCUACAUAUAACAUUAUAUGAAAAGAAGGACGACCCUCAUAUUCAAAGAUUUCUUAAAACUCAUGUCAUGAUUUCUACAGCUCUUCCUUCUUCACCACCACCACCAAAUUCGGCUCAACAGAUCCAACUAAGAAACUCGGAAAAUGUCACAACCGGCUCAGUCGGGUCUAGAAUAAUCCCACAGAUAAUUCCAAAGAUUGGCGCAAUUGUGAAACGAUUCAGUCUAAAUUAUUCUGGAGAAGGACUAGUUACCGAUCCUCACCGCGUUCGAACGGUCCGAGUCGGCAUAAAGUUUCAAGUUCAAGUUGACAGCUUUUUAAAUAACUCGGUAAAUACCCCUCAGUUAGCAGCCAACGGACCUCAGCAGAUUCGACCCAGGGGGAUCAUCCGUACCAAUUCUGCUCCCCACUCCAUCGACCACAUUCUCAACGCUGCAAACAACUGUGAUUCAUCGUCCUACUCCACCCCCUCCAUUACCGACGUGACGAAUAAUAGUACCAAUAAUAAUAAGCAGUUCGUCAUAGAACGGCACGGAGGAAAUCCAACGCUUCAUAGAAACUUUACCAGUGCCGGGAACCUUAACAAGGAGAACUUGCAAGGGUUUUCAAAUUGUAGUGAUUCCUCUUCCUCGGGAGUCUCGUCCUGCGGAGGUUCCAACCCCCAGAGUCCGAUUAACGGGAGAAGGCACAGCUCAAGUCCCGCAUUUCACAACCGCAUCAACCAAGCCUUGUCCCUGUGCAGGAAUCAAUUAGCAGCAGCCCGUGGAGGAGAGAGGUCGGAUUAUUUGGGAAGGAGGAACAGCGUUCAAGUCUAUAGAAGGACGAACAGUACGUGUCACUCGCCGGAACGGUCACCAUCAAUCUCAUCCUCCCCAACAGCUUCGGGAAUGGAGGACUCGUCGUCGUACCAAAUUCUUCGCUGUUUUCCAGGCUCAAAUGUAAACUCCGUUCGGGAGUUUAGCUGGGAGACGGCUGCAUUUGAGAAGGACGUCCGAGAGAAAGUGCAGUGGCUUGGUUCCAAAUUCUCCAAAUUUAAUCGACCGGCUUUCUACCCCCUCCGUUUAAGGGUCCCACCAUUUGUGCAAAAUCUCCUCGCAGCCAUGAAGUCAUACGCCAUGGAGAACCCUGUAACUUCCGUUUUCAUUUUGGCAGUCGUAGUCGCGUCUGCCCUCCCAGUCUCCAUCUUCCUUGGUUUCGCUAUUGCCACCAUACUCGUCUCCUUCCUGGGAUUCUUAUUUGUUGAAGGAACCCUUUUGACGGUGGCAUCCGUAACUUUUGGAGGUGUAGUCCUCGUCGUGGGUCUGGUCACGCUCUUUUUCGCCCUGCUGGGAUCUGCUGGAUACGUGACAACAUCCAAAGUCUACUAUUUCAUUACGGGCAAGGAUUUGAAGGACUUGUUCUACUCGCUUCCAUUAAUUGGACAAUUCUUUGACAAAGAAACAUCAAGCCCAUCAUCAUCCUCGGCAAAAAGCAAUGGAUCCGCUUUCAAGUUGUCCAACGGAAACUAUUCAUCUCCGAAAGAAUUUUCUUUCAGUGACGAGGACGAUGAAGAGGAGGAAGAAGAAGAUCUGGAGGAAGAAGAUGACGACGACGACGAGGAUGAAGGAAACGUAGAAGUUGUCGACAGUGAAAAUGAGACUGAUGAAAAUGAUGGCAGUGUCACUUCUUCGUCCGACGUAGGAAUUGGAGACAGCACUUCGAUUGAAAAUGUGGACCAGAUUUUCAAACCUGAAGAUGACGAUAGCCUGGAUGGUUUUGCUCAUUCAACGCCUGAAAAGAACAAGGUGAAGAUAGAAGAAGUAACCUCAUCGUCAAUCCCAAUUCUUCAAGUUAACGGAAACCACGAAGAAACUCAGUAAUUUUAGACAAUCUGCUGCCAAUAGCAAAUACUUAAAAGUUCCAUCAAUUAAUGAAUCAAUCAAGAGAAGCUAAAGAAAGAGUUAUUACUUUUUUUCCUUGUACAAAACCAUUCCACUUAUUUAUCAAAUCACAAUUAUUAUCAUAAAUUGUCACUUAAUAUCCAUCUUAUGCUUAUAAAUUAAUAACAGCUCUGCAAAACUUUUGUUACAAAUGACAAGUUCCUCAUUACUAUUGUUAACUCUGAUGUUAUCUUGUUGUAAUAAUUUAAUAUUUGAAUCAUUUUGUACAUAGCUCACAUUCUUAAGACACGCAUUUCAUGAGGAAGAUAAAAAUGUCACGAGAUUUAUAUUGACCAAAUUCAUUGCGUAUUUAUGAAGCAAGAUUGAGCUUAUAAAAGUAUAUUAUUUUAACGCUACGUCAAGUGCCAAAAGCCAAUAAUAUGUAAAUUAUAAGUAAAAAGAAUCCAGUGGUACAUAUAGAAUUCAUCAUCAAUCAUAGCAAUAAUUUAUAGACGUGGAUUCAUGCUCGAUUGAUCAAUGUUAUAGGAAUAUUGACAUGAAUAAGUAUAUAAAACAGAGGUGUGGCUUAUUGCCAGAAUAAUGUUAUUACGAAUAAAAGCUGCGCAAGGAAGUAUGUAUUUAGUAAAUAGUCGAAAAGAUAGCGACUUUCUUGUUAUGAAUAACGAAAUAAAAGUGAAAUGUAAUAUUAAACAAGAAAUUAUUGCUCAGUGGUGUAAGUUUAAGAAAAGAGGAAUAUUAUAAGAUUUGUAUGGAAUAGUACCCAAGAUAAAUUCUGAUUUAGAUGAUUUUUUUCAUACCACAAAGUGUUUGUUAAUAGUGGAUUAUAAAUGCUUACUCGUAGAGUAAAAGUGUAGCAAAUGUUAAACUGUCGUGCCUUUUGAUGGGAGCAAGAGUUAAUUUCCAAAUUGAAUCCUUGGAUGAAAGACUGACUAUAAUUAUGAACGAUGAUAAAUAAAGUUGUAAUUUUUAAACACUUUAACUUAA